GCAGGUUCUCCUCCAGUUGCAUUCGAAUGCAUUCGGGGACGCGAUAAAGUACGGGCACUGUUCUAUUGCCACUCUGGCCGCGGGGGUUUUGUUUUAUUCCCGAGUUCGUGCAUCGUGAGCGCAAUAUAAGAGUAAGGUCCAGGUGAAGGUCUCAGCACCUUUACGGGACACCAUAUAGACGUGAACCUAUAGUGUACUUUUAGCUUGUUGUGUGUGUCUCUCUCUCUCAGUGUAUGUCAAUGUGAAACGUGUGUGAAUUUCUGCCGUGGAGGACGUGUCUCCUGGUUCACCCGGAGAUUCAGAUUGUGUCCAGAAACUGAAACCGUACCCUUAGUGGCUGCCCUGGUCCGGUAGCUGAAAGGGGUUCUCCAAACGAAUGCGGAACAGUACCGGGCGGAACAACGGUGCGUUAUCGUGCGGGGAACGGUGCAAAGCGCAGCGCGGCGAACACCUUCCGAACGCCGCAUGAGAACCUAAGGUACCGUCGCCACUCCCCUCCCGGGGACGUCCGUGCCUGCUGAAUCCCCAUCCCUCCCGUCCGUCGGUGUGUCCGUGGGAAGGGAAGGAUACGCAAUUCCGGCCGAACCUUCCCAAGGAACGUAACGCCAACGGAGGAACAACACGCAGCAACCCUCGUAACCCAUAACCAACGUAAACAGCCGAAAAGGACACACACAAUCCGGUGCGGGGAUUGGUGCGGCUUCCGCAGAGCGCAGCAGGAUACAUGGAGAAUAAUCUGUCAUCCAACGCUGGACCGCCUGAAAGGUCUCCCGUACACAAUCAAAGCAGCCGCAUCCCUACGAACCAGAAUGGCAGUGCCGGAUCCCCCCGACAACAGCAACAGCAGCAGCAACAGCAGCAACAGCAACAACAGCACAACGCACAGCAGCAGACACAGCAACCGAGGCCACAGACACUGACACCGACGCGGGAAUCCGCCGCGAAUGGGUCGAUGGCCAUGCAGACGCUCGUCCUGACGGUCAACAAGGAUGCGACCGGGUACGGUAUGAAAGUGUCCGGCGAUAAGCCAGUGUUCGUCGAGAGUGUUAAACCGGGCGGUGCGGCACGACGGGCAGGGUUAAUGCCGGAUGAUAUGAUACUGAAGGUCAAUGGAACAUCCGUGCGAGCGUUAACCCACACAAACGUCGUGGAACUCAUCAAAGCAUCGGACGUCGUUGAGCUAACCGUACAGCGUGGCAGCAACAGAAUGCAGCGACCAUCGCCAUCGACCAACUCCAUCGCGCCGAUGACGCCGGUUGCGCAACGGAACAGCAUCACCGCUCCACAGCCCGUUGAUUGUGCAAAGCAACGGGAGAUGGAAGUGCACAAGAUGAACACGCUGCAAUUAAUGCUCGAUCAGGUGAAGAAAAACCGUGAUAAUCUAAUCGCAAGCAACAAACCGCGCGUGGAAGUUGCCCGGGUCGAUGCUACGAUCCAGAAGCUGGAAAAGGAACUGCAGCAAAUGCUUGGCGAGCCCGGCUCGUAUCCGGCGUUCAGCCCCUCGUCGCUCAGCUCACCGCCCUUGUUUCCGCAGCCGCAGCUCCCAAACAGUGGGACCACCACCACCUCUACCACGCCCGCCUUUCUGUCGCGCUUUCCGCGCUCGCUGUCCUCGCUGAGCCUGGGCACGAAGAAGAAAUCGUCCGACUCCAAAGAGAUAACCUCCCCGACGGCGGCGACCCUGUUCGGUUCACCCGAGUGCCUCAGCCCGACCGAUGGUGGCGGUGGUCCGUUCGGUGGCGGUGUACUAACCACUUCCGGCAGUUCGGGUGGAACGCCUACCAAGACGAAGAAGUACAGCGCCAGCAGCGCAGCCGAUCACCAUCACCAUCACCAUCUGCACGGUAACCAUCAUGGGCAUCACAUCAAUCGGAGUGGUCACUUUGGCGGUAGUGGCAAACAGCAGCAAAACUCGUCGGACAUACCGCCACCGCUGCCACAGCGCAACAACAUUCCAAAAAAGUCCGAAGAUAUGGUGGACAUGAUGCAGGUUGGAUCGCGCCGCAAUAUCCUCGUAUCGGAUCUGGACCAUCAGCUCGUCGCGCAGGACACCGCCAGUCUCCAUUCGGCAGGUUCGUCCGGUUCGGCCAGCUCGAAAGCUAGCGGGGGCGGCGGUAAAUCGUCCCGGAGCAAGAAGAAGAAUGGCGGUGCUAGCGGUGGUGGUGGCACUCACAAUAGCAACAGCAAAAACAAUAACACUAACAACAACAUAACGAUGGAGCCACCGGCAGUAGGGGAUGGAAAUGUGUCCUCGGGUAUUAUGGCCACUGCAACCAGCACGACAGAGUUGCAGGCGGAACCACCACCCUUACCGCCGCGCCAACCCGGCAUGCUGGAGGUGGUGAACCAGAAUCUCAUUAUGAACAGCGACAACAACGCGGGUAGCAAUUGCGCCAACAGCAGUACGGGCGCCGGCACACCCAACGGAAAUAACAACGGCAGCAGCAGCAGUGUUGGUGGCCGGGGCAACAUCGAGAUGCGCCCACCACCGAACAGUAUCAAUACGCUGAUGAACUAUCCGCUCAUAACGACCUGUACGCCGGUGCGGGACAAUAUGACCGCCGCCUUUCCGCUUUCCUACCGCCCGAACAUAGUGCACCAGAUGCAGCAGCAUCAGCAAACCACCGCGAUGAAUCAAGCGGCAGCAGCUGGCGUGAACCAAUCGAUCAACAAGAAGCAUCGACGGAUCGUGUCGUCUCCGGAAAAUAUCGGUUCGAAGGAUUUCGGCAUGGUGGGUGACCACCAUCAUCACGGCUAUCGGCAUCACAAAACAUCGUCCGACUCAUGGGACAAGCGAUCGGAGAUAACGCCACCGGGCACACCACCUCCACCGUACCUGAGCACAUCGAUGACCGGCAGUGGUAGUCCGGGGGGCGUCGGUGGGCAUCAUCACCAUCAGCACCCGCAUCAUCAGCAUGGUGGUCAUCUGCAUCACCAUGAGCAUACCACUGCCGGUGAUCUGGCAAUUGCGAACCCUCUCAGUAGCAUUAAUAACAACCACCACAGCACAGCGGGAAACAAUGGCACCACCACCAACGCGAGUGGUAACAACAAUUUCAACAACAUUAACAACAACAAUGGAGGAAGUCAUAUGGCGUCCUCCUACCAUGCGCACCACCAUGCACAGUCACCGGUCGGUGGGACGAAUGCGGGUAUCGGCGGUACGGUGCCGGGAAGCAUCGUUGCAGCGCAGGCAAACGUCGCCCAAAAACCGAUCAUCUCGAUGGAGGACGAUGACAUCUCGGACCAGGAAAGUUUUAUCGAGGAAAACAGUCCGUUCCGUUCGCUGACGCAACUGCUCGAGGCGGAAAAGUCCGUUUAUCUGGCGGUGUUCCUGAACUUUGUGCUCACCAAUUCUGACCCAGCAGCGUUGCUGUUCUAUCUGAUUACGAUGCUGUACAAGGAGGGCAGCGUUAAGGAUAUGCGCAAGUGGGCGUACGAGAUUCAUUCGACAUUCCUGGUACCGGGAGCGCCGCUACUGUGCGCGAACGUGGACGAAGCGCUGGCACGCGACAUCGACGACGUGCUGCAGAAGGAGAAUGACAAGGCGGAAAUACUGCGAAUGGUGUUCUUGCGCAGCCGGCUGAAAGCGAAGGAAACCAUCAACCAGCAGCUGCAGCAAUUCCAGAUGAAGCGCACCGCCGGGCUCGGUACGAUGUUUGGACCGAAUGAUCAGCAGUUGCAAAUGGCCAAAGGUGACAAGGUGAAGGAGCAGCGAAUCAUUGACGAAACACUGCUGCCUAAGCUGCAACAGUAUCUUGAUGACCUCGAGCGUGAAUCUCCCAAGGAGGAUCCGAAGAAGUCGGCCUUAUGUUCGGCUCUGUCUACUGUACUGAUGCGGUUCUUCGUAUCCCGCUGCAAUCCCGGCGGACCGAUCGACAAGGUACACCACUUCGUUAGCCGCGAGAAAAGCUUCAAAAGUCGGCUCAUGACCAAGAAUCGGAAGCAAACGAUCCUAGGCCACAACCUGCACCUGCAACCGUACUACGAAGUGACCCGUUGCAAUCACUGUCAAAACAUUCUCUGGGGUGUUAGCCCACAAGGCUACCAUUGCACUAACUGCGAGUUGAACAUUCACCGGGCUUGUGCAAAAGAUCUGACCGAGUGCUGUCCUGGACCGGCGAUACAGAAGAACGACAGCAAAAUCACCAAACUCAUGGAGAAAAUCUCAAGUCGGAAUCAUCAUCAAGAUAAAUCUCGCCGACAUGAUGAUGAUGCGACUGCAGACGACACAACUAUUAGUGAGCGAGGAGGCAACACAUCAUUAGCACGUCAGCCAUCGGACCGCCGACAGGACCUGAGUGGACAGCUAGCUAACACUAGUGGCACCUCCGACCAUCUCAACAGCUCAUCGUCCGAUGCCUACGGUUAUAAGCAGUCCGCGGACGAUGAUCAGUUCCGUGAGAAUGUCAAAUCCAAAUCUGCCCCGGUAUCGGUAAACCGAUCGGAAUCGUACAAGGAAAGAUCGCAGAAGAAAACACGCACCACGCGACGGAAAACGUCCGAUCCGAGUCUGACAAAAACGGCUGAUGAACAAAAUGAAGCGUCCUCGUUGGCCAAUAACAACUAUUCCAGCAGUUCCACAUCUAGUCUUCCAUUGGCACUGGACAGUCGAUCGACCUCACUGGAGGCGGUCAGUGGUGGUGGUACCGGUGCAACGACUGCGGUCUCCUCGGCUGGUCCAGCAGGAACCGUCAGUGGUAUAAACCCGACCCAUUCACCGGGCGGUGUCCUUCCCGCGAGUGCAUCGACCGUAAGCGGCACGAGCGUUGUGCAUGGCAUCGGCAGCGGCUCUGGCAGUGGUCCCGGUGGUUUUCACGUCGUUCCAACCGCCCGCGAAUGGAUCGACAGCGAUGACGAGGGUACGGUCGAACCGGAAGCCGACUGGAGCUCGAACAUCCCGCACGAAAUUCUCUCCACGCUCGGUGAUCUGGAAAAGAAGCGCCAGGAGGUGAUCAACGAGAUCUACCAGACUGAACGCAAUCACGUCCGCACGCUGAGGCUGCUGGAGGGCAUCUUCAUGCGGCCGCUCCAGGAAUCUGGUGCGUUACCGCACGAGCUGCUAAACCUAUUGUUUCCACACUCGCUGAUCCACCUGAAAGAUCUCCAUACCGCGUUCGAGUUGAAGCUCAAACAACGACGCAACGAGCACGCGAACGUCGUACGUGAGAUUGGUGAUCUGUUGUUGACCAUGUUCGACGGACAAACCGGCGAUGAGCUGAAGGAACAUGCGGCCCAUUUCUGCGCCCGGCAACAGAUCGCCCUGGAGGCGUUAAAGGAGCGUCGGAAAAAGGAUGAACAGUUGCAACGACUCCUGACAAAGGCCGAAUCUCACAAAGCUUGCCGACGUCUGCAGCUGAAGGAUCUGCUACCAACGGCACUACAACGGCUGACCAAGUAUCCGCUACUGUUUGACAAUUUGUACAACUUUACCGUGCGCAGCUCGCCGAAAAAUGAGAGCGAAGCACUCGCCAUCCGCAAGUCACACGAGUCCGCCAAACGGAUACUGGAUCACGUCAAUCAGGCGGUGCGAACGGAGGAGGAUAUGCAUAAGUUAUUAACAAUUCAACGCAAACUCGACAAGAGUGGGCUUGAUAAGGAUGCUUCUAUUGAAUUUAGGCAUAUUGAUCUUACCGUACGUAAGCUAAUCCACGAUGGGCCUUUAACGAUGAAGAAGAAUCCAGGUGUACAACUGCAUGGACUGCUGUUUGAAGAUAUAAUGGUGUUGCUGCAGAAGCAGGACGACAAGUAUCUUGUCAAGUAUCACUCUAGUCCCGGGCUCGGCGGAAGCGAAAGCAAGUACGCCGAGGGCCGCUUUAAUCCGAUCACCAAAAUCCAUCUCAUUCUGGUGCGACAAAGCGCCGUCGACAAAAAUACGUUCUUCCUAAUCAACACCAACGUCUCGCAGAUGCUGGAACUGACCGCGCCGAGCAGCACCGAGUGCAAAACAUGGUUUAAGCAUAUUUCCGAUGCCGCCGAUGCGUACAAAGCACGUACCAAAGGAACGCAGGAGUACGGUGACGAGAGUGCCGGUGGUGCUGGUCAUCCACCGAAGGACAGCUUCGAAACCGUUACCGAGACGCAGAAGAUCGAACAAACCUCGACCCCGAUCGAGCGGUUAGAGCGCAAGGAUACGCAGUGUCGGGCGGUGAGCAGUAGUGCCGGCGGCCAUCAGCAGCAACCAUCGACAGGCCCGGCCGGUCCGGCUGGUAGUGCUUCCCACGGUGGUCCCGGUACGGUCGGUCAUCAUGCGCACCCGGGCCCCGGCGGACCCGGUGGCCGGGCGGUGGAUGAAUCCCGUCUAUCGAGCGGUCCCGGUGGUGGCGGUACGGCCGGUGCUAACGCCAACGAAACGGACGACAAUCUGGAGAACGAAGAGAAGGAAAAGUACAAGCGCACGCAGCGGCACGGUUCGCAGGAGUGUAAUGGUGGCGCGGCAACCGAUGAUGACGACGAGCCCGACGAUGAGCAGUAUGCGCGCGGUCAGCAUCCGGGUGGUGGUGGUGGUGGCCGUGGAUCAAACAACACACGAACGAUCACGCAGCAGUGUUCGCUGGUCGCACCUAGUGAGAUUCAUGUUAGUGUGAGUGCCACCCUAACGGCGGAACCGAUCCUAACACCGGCGGAGCAACUGCGCCGGUACGAUCAGCUGAUCCAGAAAACGCUCGCCAGCAAACAGCGUGUCGUGUGCGAUAUGUUCAAGGUGCCGGAUGAACAUUUCCAGGCGAUCGCCGACAUCGCCGCCCAGCCGGAAGCGCCAAAGGAACCGACCGACAUUGUGCUGGCUGCGUUCGCCUACGGUCAAACGCUGAUGGAAAUCCUGAGCGAGUGUAUGCGCGUGACGGAGAGCCAACAGAUCAGUGCCGUUUCCACCUCGAUCUGUGAUGAGUGUAGCGUGCGCGGUCACAGCAAGAACCACAUUCCGUCGAUUACCACUAAUGCCGCCGCCAAAGAAUCAAUCGAACCGACCGUACCGACGAUAGGUGGAGGUGGAGUUGGUCCGCCCAUGCCUUCCGCACCCGGUAGUACACCGGCAGUGGUGGCCGGUGCCGUGGCUGCUACAACCACCUCCCAGCAAGCAGCGUUGCAACCGAUCGGUAUAGUUUCGCAAGAUCCGGCCGUCAACAUCACGGAGGAUGAGGAUGGAUACUGCGAAAUCGAUGAAGUUCGUGCCGCCGCUGUACUAUUGGCCGAAAAUGAAAAGGCGAGAAAGCUGACAGAAGCAUCCAAACUUGCUGCUGCCGCUGCGGCAUCGGGAGCUACUGGUGUAGAUACCUUAGACGACGGUGUUGCUGGGAGUGGUGAUGUUGGUCGCGCACCGAAAUCACCCGAGUCUCACAUAGAGAUCAACGAGAACUAUGACUCAACGAUGAGUCCAUCCAUGACGCAAAAAUACUCUGGAAGUCUGGGAGGGGAACUAUGCGGCAAGAAUCGAUUACUUCACGCUUCGACCCUUGCCCCAACCGUACCGUGCCAUCUGAUAGCGAACUACGUAACUGGCUUGAAUGCCCAAAUUUCGCAGCUCUUGCAUAAAAUCAAUGAAAAGGAUUUAGAACGGGAACAUCUGCGACGGGAAAAUCAACAUUUGCGGGAGCUGCUGAAUGCAAUGCAUCAGGAGCGUGUUUUAGAAUCACAGGAAACUAAUCAAGAUCAGCAGCAACUCGCAACUGGCGAUGAACAACCGGCGUCUACUUCCUUUUCCACGCUAGGCUCAGAAGCGGCGGCAAACAAUCAGCCACUGCAGCAGCAGCAACACCGGCAAACGUCUCCAUUACCGGAGGAUCUUACAACCGGGCCAACCGGUAGCAGUGCACCAACAGUGCCUACGGACUGAAGCAAUACUAAAAAUCGGCCGCAAACAUAGAGAGAGGGAGAGAGAGAGAGCAGCAACAGCAGCGCGUUAUUUUAACCACCACAAUUACAACCCUACGUCAUCCCGCUGGUACGUCGUGAUCCCGGUUGUGCUAGUAGUGUGUAUAGUGCUUAAAGCAGUUAUAUAGCACAAAAUGAUUGUUGGUCCGUUUUCACUCUGAUCGCACGAUCGAGUGAAUUACACCGCUGUAAAAGCAUACAUUGGCGCAGUAAGGCCGUAGGAAAACAGGAAAGGAUUAGCAUAAUAAACGAAAGCAGCAGGCCCCCGAAUCCAUCUCCUACACCAUUCAACAAAACCGUUCCGUUUCGUAUCCUUCAAAGAGGGAGAUGCUGGUAGAUGAUGCGUAAUGUCGUAAAAUGCUGUACUAAUUUUUGACAGAAAAGGUGAACAUUUUAUGUUGAAAAAACGGUUAGUCUAAUUUUAGUAUUCGCUUGAAGUUUGCGCAUCUUUUAGUAGGGUCCCCUUUUGCGUGUACGUGGUAGACGACGACGGUCGAGAGGCAGGGUUGUAGCAAAACAGGCGGAAAUGAAAUGAGGAACAGAGAACCAUAUUAUUUUAAAAGCUGCAAAGAAUGUACUAGUUCUAAGCGUGCGUAAUGCUUUUUUUUUGUACAGAAUCUGAUCGAUUUCCUUUUCACCCUUCCUUCCCUUACUAACUGCGAGCAGUUGAUCACCCGAGGGGUGGGCAACUCUUGCAAGUAAACGCAGCUGUUCUUCCUCCCGCUAGUGUACAUUACCAAACCAUUUCAAUCCUUCGCGACUGCGUUCUGUUAGAAAAAAAACGGCACUAUUGCGCUGUUGUAAGUUUAAGCAUCGUAAGCGAUGGACAAAAAAAAGGAAACGAUCACAGGCAAUAUAUACAUAUAUUACGCAUAACACGCGUGUGCAUGUUGUGUUGCAUCGGUUCUUUUAUUCCCUGUGCCACUCUCUCCUUUCCUGUUUGCGUGCGCACCACGUGCCCUUUAUACUCUCGCCGUGUGUGUGUGUGUAGUAUUUUAGUUGUUAUUUUAACAAAACAAAAAGUCAGGCAUCGUACACGCGCGCGGGCAUGAUGUUUCGAUUCUCGUUCCUUCUUCAUCCGUGUGGCGCGCUAUAUAAUGCGGGCAGUUCAUGUUCUCUCAACCAUACGCCCACACAGCUUACAGCUUAUUAUUAGUGCUUAAUGCCGCCCUUGUAUAAGCACCGUGCAGAGGACAGGCAAAUCAUAUUCUCACACACAAAGUGCGUAAUGAUAUAGAGGGCCUAAUGGAUUCGUUCCUCACAAACACAACACUGCUUUGUUUUUCGCAUGAUCAUUCGAUUGUUGCCGCGACAGAACGUGUGUGCAAAAUCACGCAAAAACACGGCCAACAGCAUAAGAGCAUUAUUUUAUUAUAAUAUUAUUAUCAUCAUUAGUAGUGUAAUAUUAUUAUUAUUCGAUUGUCUAUUAUUAAUAUUAUAAAACCACACCCUCCCAUCCCCCAACACACACACACAAACAUCAUCUGCUAUUGCUACCGCAACCGCUAUUUACUGUAAUGUGUAAAUCAUACCCACCCCCCGGGGGGAUCCUGGGGCCCAAAAAUCCACACGGAUUCCGAAGCAAUUCCGCCAAAUUUGGAAUGGCGCUGAAUAAAAUGGUUAAAAACUAAACGUAACGCAUCACUGCUGCAACACCCCAUGGCGGCCACUAACUUGCUGCGGGUGUUUCUUUUUUGUUUCUGGCUAUAUCUUUUCGUUUAUUGCUUCUUCUGUUUGGGUUUCUCGUGUUUAGAAGUAUUGGAACGUGUAUGUGGUUGAGGGAUGUGUAAGAAAAGGGGACAAUUAAAUGAAUUGAGAAAAGAAACAAACCCCCCAAACUUGUGACGCAUCCCAUACCCGGAUAGCAAAGGAAUUGAGGUAAAAAUUUAACAAAGUCCGUACUGUACAGGAGAGAAGGUGUCGCAGUGCAUGUAUAGUAUAUUAUCAAAUUGAAACGUAACGCAAUCAUAUUGAUCACUACCCCGGAUGCACCAAAAAAAGGCAACCAUUUUCCUCUCCCUUCAUAUAAUAUAAUACUAUACACAUACUCUCGAGUGGUUUUUACUAGCGACAUAAGCAAUCAAUCUACGUACAUGAUCCGAAUAUCUGGAGACGUACAGUAACGGGGUUAAUACAGUGUAAAACAGACGGAAGCAAAGUAGAAGCGAGAUGUGAUAUUUAUUGGAAUUGGAUCACAUUCAAACUGAUUACUGAGGGCGUUUUAAAAUAUUAGGCUUUUCUCUUUCUCGCUCUAAAUGGUUUGGGUUGGUUUGUGUCUCGGGUUAGGUGCGCCUGAAGGUGUGCAAUCGUAAGAUUUAAGAGAUUUUUUUUAUUAUUGUCGGAUCAUUAGUAGAUGUUUAUGACUCUGCAAGGGGUCUUUCUAAAGUGGUCACCAUUUUUUCGCGUAUAUUUGCAUGCGAUUGUAUUACCGAAGAGAAACCCCAGAGGAGAGCGAACGUUCGAGCGAGGUAGUAUACUUACUCCCUAUUUGUUUCUGUUAGUAUAUGUUCCUUGUUAGCAUUCAUUUUUGCUCUUAUAUGACUUGGAAUGCUUUUUUCCUGUUUUUAUUACUUAAUUCUAUUAUUUUUGUUCAUCUUCCAAUGACUGAUCCUGUGUAAACUUCAUUAGGUAUCGACAAACGCUCGUGAACAAGCAAUUUUGACACGCAAAUUGCAUAACUUUAGGCGGUUUCCUACACAUAUGGCUUAUAAAAAAAUUGAAAUUGAUAGCAAAUUCCAAACAAAAAUUAGGAAAGCGUUAAGGAAUUCACUUUGAAAAAAAAAACAACAAAAAAACACAAUGAAAUUAUCGUCGUACGCACAUACAAUUGAACAAGAACAACAACAAAAAUUACAUUUAAAGAAAAGUAUUAGUGAGAGUGAAUGCCUUAUUUUGAAGACAUUUUUGUGGGCGAUUGUGGCCGAGGGAGAAGAGCAGAAACCUAAGAACAGUGUGCCGUUUGCAUGCUUCUCGAGAGUUAUCACCCCGCGUGAUGGGGCCUUUUUGGUCAAAAUGGAUUAUUGCUCUAAGAAAAAUGGAAAGCCUGUGCCCACCACCGUGGCAAACAACAAAACCAUCCCUAAACACACACGGCGGUAGCCUUUGGUAGGGAAACUUUACUUCCGUUACUUAGCAACACUGGUGUGCGCAUCUUCGCAUCCUUAGGACACUUACCAACACAACGGACACAUCUCUUCCUCGCGCAUGGUUACUACGAUUUCUCGUGCGCCCUAAAGCUUCUUUUGUACAAUGGAUCGCGAACUGACUGAGUGCUUCAAUGUUCCCAACACACACAGACUCACGCACACAACUUUAUGCUCAUAAUUCAUAAACAGCAAAGAAAAAAGGGCUUUUCUAAAAAUUCCAAAACCAAACUACCUAUUCGAUUUUAAAGGGAGGAAAACUAUGAGCGCUGGUGUAAUUUCGUUGUAAUUUAAAACAUGUACUACUAAACGAGAAAGGUUGAAAAGCAAGGAGAGAGAGAGAGAGAGAGAGAGAGAGAGAGAGAGAGAGAGAGAGAGAGAGAUAAAUGCACUACCAUUGUGGUGUCAUGCAACAACUAGCCCACACUAUCUAUGCAAAUGAUUGGGAAUGCAAACAAAUAAAUUUAGAGCACUUACACACUAUCGGUGCGCAUUUUGUACAAUGGCUGCAUUUGCAUUUUAUCACCAUUUUGUUUAUCAUUUGUCAGGCUAUAUGGGGGGGUGAGGAAAAUGAGUUCACGCAUCCCCUCUACACAUCUCUUCUUUUUAUUUAGAAUUCUCGAUUUCCCCUCUCUUUCUCUCUCCAAAUUGAUAUUCACACCAAUAGACACUGUUGGAUAGAAUCAAUUGCGUAUCGAAAAUGGGUUCGUACGCCCUAAGCACACUAAGCGGCGUGUGUGUAGUUUGACACGACACCCGCCAUUCAUUAGUGAUUUGUAACGUUUGCAGGACAACGUUACGUUCACGUUGGACGGUUGGAGAAUGAAAAAUUGUAAUAAAUUACUAACAAUACUCUUCGAUGAAAGAAUGUACAAUCAAUGCUGGUUUUCUUGCGUAAAAACAUCCAAAAUGUUCUUCUCCUGUCAGGGAAUUAUGCUGUAUGAGGCUACGCGGAAAUAAUCCCUCCAUGUAUAUCAAGCGCCGGAUCAACCGGUAGGCGGAGCAGGCGGUCGCCUAGGGCCUCGCCGUGUUAGGGGUCUCAAAAAAUUUGUGCCGAUUGUGCGAUUUUUGGAAAUUUAACAGCAGAGUUAAU